AUGGAGUGCAAGGGGAAAAAAAUAAUAGAAGCGGUGGAAGAGAUUGUGGAAGAAAAAGUAAAAAAGAUGCUGAGGAAGGUGAAAGAGGAUGGUUUGAAGGUAAAGGUGGAAAUAAGAGAGGUGAGAGUGAUUGGCCAGAGAGGGGUCUGGUUGACGAUAUUAGUAAAUCUGGGGGAUGAGGAGAAGAAAUGGCGGGUGCUGGAGGCAAAGAGGAGAGCAGGGAACAGUAUAGGAGUGAAGAUGGAUGAGGACAAAAUGGUGGAGAGGAGAGAUAGGGAGAGAAAAGAGAAAAAAAGAAGACUAGAAAGGAGGAGGGAAGAUUUCAGGAGCGCAGGAAGAUCCGAGGAGGAUGAGAUCGCCAGAGGGAUGGAGGAGAAGCUCCUCAUGAGCUCUGACGAGGAAAAGGAGGAUAAGAGGAAAAGAGAAUGGGCCAAGUAG